CGUCAGCAACACGGCUGCAGAGCCCGGAACAAACACACAGCUGUGGACCGGAGUCGCUCUGAAUGGGGAUUAUUGUGUAUUCAUUAAUAUAAUGGGAAUAUAAAUAUAUAUUUUGUAGUUUUAACCCGUAUUUUUGCGCUGGCUGCGGUUGGAGUUGCUGAGCUUUUUCUCCCGAGACUCCAGCACUGCGGGUCCACAUCAUGACUGGAAAUCCAGUGAACUGUACUGUGAAGUCCCCUGUGGCCCUUCAGAUUGGAGAUGUUGUGUCCGAUUCAUUUCAUCCUGGUGUCUACAUCACUGAUAUAGUUCUGGGAGAGCCGGUUAAUAUUCAGGAGAUUUUGUUUAAGAACUACUACACAGCCUAUCUGACGGUCCGGGUGCUGAAGAAGGAGGUGGGGAGCGAGGAAGCCCCGGCUAAGUGGGUCACCUGUCUGAGAAAUCACUGUCUGAUGGCCAACCCACACACUGAAGAAGGAUCACAGGACUACUUCUCCCUCUACAGACAGCAGAUGCUGACGCAGCCGGAUAACGUUACUACAGUGAGGCUCAUACUGAGGCAGCCCUCUUCAGUCUGGCUCAAUUUCAACCUGGAGGAGAUCAAAAUCUACCCUGUUAUGAAUGAAGACUCUGAGCGAGAUGUUCCGUCCUGGUUAUCUUCCAUCACGCCUGCUGAGGAGCCUCUCGAUAUGAAUGGCCUCCCUGACCCGGACGCUGUGUCGUCCAGUAUUCAGCAGAUGUGGGCCCUCACUGAGAUCAUGCAGUCCAGCCAAUCCUCAGCCUCCAUCGGACGCUUUGAUGUGGACGGCUGUUACGACAUCAACCUGCUUUCUUACACAUAGCAGAACAUUACAGUCUUCACAGUGGACAGAAGAUACAGAAAAGCAUGUGCAUUAUUUAAUAUUAUUAUGGUAUGCAACCAGUGGUUCGCAGCCAGUAUUAAGCUUAAGAAAUUGUAUAUUUGUCUAUUUAUGAACUUAUUUAUUUAUUUAUUGUUUUUUCUUUCAUGUUUCAUGUGUUCAUUAACUGUUCAUGUUGCUUCAUUUGUUUAAAUAGCCAAUUUUUUAUAUUUUUAUGUUUUUCCUCAUAGUUUGUUUUUUUUUCUUAUUAAUAAUUAAUACAAUGCAAAACAUGUUAAAAUAAUGAUUUUUGAUUGGUACUGUAUGUUGGAUAGAAGCUUUUUAUGUCGUUAAAGGCAUAAAACUUCUAUAUUAAAAAUAAAAUAUACAUUAACCUGGUCCUAAUUUAGCAGAAACUAGUUUUCAACCCAUUUCAGCACUGGCUUAGUUCUUUUUUCCCCCAAUUUUCUCAUUUUAUUUUUUGUAACAAAAAAAGAAAAGCACCUGAAUUGAGUUAAUAUAAAGGAACUGUAGAUAAAUGUGGGUGUUACAGUAUAACUGUAACGCAUUCUCCACCAGCGUAUUUCAAUUAGCUCUGUAAUUUUGUUGGUUAAUUGAUUAAACCCGUGUGCUUGC